CGAAUUCCACCUCUUAUCCUCGCUGUUUUACUAAAAUUACAGAUUCACCCUCCUCUUCUUCUUCUUCUUAACUCUUCAAUAUUUUUCCAUUCUCAAAAUCCAAAUGCCCCUUCCUCUUUUCCCCACUUUCCUUCCAUUUUCUGAAUAAACAAACAUUCAAUUGAGCUUUUAACUUGAAUUCUUGAACAAAUUACAAAAGAAAUUAAAAAAAUGGCAAGUCCGAAGAAGAAUCAAAGUAAAGGAUUUUUCGCAGCGAUGAGCUCAGGUUUAUCUAUGUUUGGCAAUGCUAUGCACAGAUCUGUCAACGGGUUACUUGGUUAUGAAGGAGUAGAAGUCAUAAAUCCAGAGGGUGGAAAAGAAGAUGCCGAGGAGGAAGCACAGAGAGGAAGGUGGAAGCAGGAGGAACGAGAAAGCCACUGGAAGAUGAUGCACAAAUAUAUAGGUUCGGAUGUUACAUCAAUGGUGACACUUCCUGUCCUCAUAUUUGAACCAAUGACUAUGCUUCAGAAAAUGGCAGAGUUAAUGGAAUACUCCUACUUGUUGGACCAAGCAGAUGAAUGUGAGGAUCCCUAUCUCCAGCUGGUGUAUGCAGCAUCAUGGGCUAUAUCUGUGUACUAUGCCUACCAACGUACAUGGAAACCUUUUAAUCCUAUUCUUGGGGAAACAUAUGAGAUGGUUAAUCAUGGAGGGAUUUCAUUCAUUUCUGAGCAGGUCAGUCAUCAUCCUCCAAUGAGUGCUGGGCAUGCAGAAAAUGAACAUUUUACUUAUGACGUCACAUCAAAGUUAAAGACUAAAUUUUUGGGGAAUUCUCUUGAUGUUUAUCCUGUUGGAAGAACACGUGUUAUGCUUAAAAGAGAUGGUGUGGUUUUAGAUUUGGUGCCUCCUCCCACCAAGGUUAACAAUCUGAUUUUUGGACGAACUUGGGUUGAUUCACCAGGAGAGAUGAUCAUGACAAAUUUGACUACUGGGGACAAAGUUGUUCUGUAUUUUCAACCAUGUGGCUGGUUUGGAGCUGGUCGCUAUGAAGUGGAUGGUUAUGUUUAUAAUGCUGCUGAGGAACCAAAAAUAUUGAUGACAGGGAAGUGGAAUGAGUCAAUGAGCUAUCAGCCAUGUGACAUGGAAGGGGAACCUCUUCAGGGCACAGAAUUGAAAGAGGUUUGGCAUGUUGCUGAUGCUCCAGAAAACGACAAGUUUCAGUACACAUAUUUUGCUCAUAAAAUAAACAGCUUUGACACUGCUCCUAAGAAAUUGUUAGCAUCAGACUCCCGUUUGCGACCUGAUAGAUUUGCACUUGAGAAGGGUGAUUUAUCCAAGGCUGGUGCUGAGAAGAGCAGUUUGGAAGAGAGACAGAGAGCUGAAAAGAGGACACGAGAGGCCAAGGGCGAUCAGUUUACCCCUAGAUGGUUUGAUUUGACAGAUGAAGUCACAGCAACACCUUGGGGUGACUUAGAAAUCUAUCACUACAACGGUAAAUACAAUGAGCAUCGAGCUACUGUAGACAGCUCAGACAGCAUCAAUGAGGUUGACAUUACAUCAAUUGAAUUCAACCCAUGGCAGUAUGCUAAACCAUGUAUAAACCAACUGCAUGCGGUAAUUUGCCAUUAUCCAAGUGUCGGUACUUUGUACCAUCUUGAGGUCGAAUCAAUAUGCAAGAUAUGCUGCCUUCAACCCCAACACCACACCCAAAAACUGCUACCAUUGAAAUGUGUCUUAGAGAAAUCACUUAAUUGUCUCUACAACCUAUGAAGGAUAAAAAUGUUUCAUGUAGUUUGAAGUGUUCCAUGGCAAUAUACUUGAGGACCAGCGGCCUGCUGCUUAUAAUUGGAGGCAACAUUUUGCCCCUUUUUUCAUGGCAAAGAAGGGGCUUUAUGUCUCCAAAACUUGGGUAGCAUAAAUCGCCUAUAGCCACUAUAAAUCAGGGCGAAGGUUGCAUCGUACUAGGAAAAGAUUUUCUAUGGGGCAGGAAGGUCUUGUUUGGGAGCAGCUCACUUACAGUUCAUCAAUCACAACAAAAAAAUUAUGUAAAGCCAAUCACUUGCAAGAGUCAGCUUUACAGCUAUGCUUCUUUUAUAAUUGUUACGUAAGAAAAAUGAAGUUUGAAAGAUUUUAUAUUGUUUUUGCACCGGAUUAGUGAUAAAGACAAAGUCGAUGUCCCCAUGUUUUAACAUGAUGUCGCCGAUGCAUGAACGUGCAAUGAUUCAACGACAGGAUUAGAUUUAGAUUAGGUCCAAUCAGGUUAUGACUCGUUAAUCAUGAUCAGAAUUUGAACUGAAGAGGCUCUCAAUUUGUCACAAGUUAGCUUUCUUUUUCUUUUUUUUUUUAAUCAAGUGGAAAGAAAACACGUACACAAACUCACACACUUAAAAAUUGGCUUUCUCGGUGCUAGGGAGCAUUUGGCUCUGCGGCAUGUUGUCUUCGGCGCUUGGAGGAUCGU